UGGAGCGACUUCCUCGACUCGCCUCUCUGCGUAUAGGAGAUGAGGGGUAUUGAGUGAGUGGGAAAGAAUAGAUCUGGAAACGCAGAUCGUUUCCGAUUGAGCCCAGCUCUUCCUGUCCGUCACCAUGGAAACCGAGACGAGGAGCCCGAUCGUCGGCGGAGGAGAUGGACAAGAGGAGGUGACGGCGGCGUCGGCGCUUCGCCUCCUCCCCUUCGCCGGGGCCGCACAACAGCACUACGUCUCCGAGCUCCUCUCCUUUACCCUCGAUCGCCUUCACAAGGAGCCGGAGCUUUUGCGCGUCGAUGCGGAGCGUAUCCGGAGGCAGAUGCAGGAGGUGGCCGUGGGAAACUACCGCGCUUUUAUUGCCGCGGCGGAUGCUGUCUCUGUCAUCAAGGAACAACUCUCCGGCUUCGAUAAACACCUUGAUUCUUUGAUAACAGAGAUACCAAGUCUCACUGCUGGUUGUACAGAGUUUAUUGAAUCUGCUCAGCAAAUUUUGGAGGAAAGGAAGCUCAAUCAGACAUUGCUGGCCAAUCACACUACUCUGCUUGAUUUGCUUGAAAUUCCUCAGCUAAUGGAUACAUGUAUAAGGAAUGGUAAUUAUGAUGAGGCUCUUGACCUAGAAGCUUUUGUCAACAAGCUGUCAAAAAUGCAUGCUGAGUUACCUGUCAUUCAGGCAUUGGCAGCAGAAGUCCGGAAGACAACACAAUCUCUACUAUCUCAACUUCUACAGAAACUUCGAACCAACAUCCAGUUACCUGAAUGCUUGCGCAUUGUUGCACAUCUGCGACGAAUAGGAGUAUUUACUGAAUCUGAGUUACGUUUACAGUUUUUGAGGUGUAGAGAGACAUGGCUUUCAGGCAUUCUUGAUGACUUGGACCAGAGAAAUGUCUAUGAGUACUUGAAAGGAAUGGUGAAUUGCCACAGGAUGCAUCUAUUUGAUGUUGUUAACCAAUACCGUGCUAUAUUCAACAAUGAUAAAUCUGGGAGUGAGGAGAACUAUGAUGGUGGGCUUCUUUUCAGCUGGGCUAUGCAUCAAAUAAAAAGUCACCUUAGCACACUCGAAGCCAUGCUUCCAAAAAUUACUGAAGGAGGUUCAAUGUCGAAUAUUCUUGACCAAUGCAUGUACUGUGCAAUGGGUCUUGGCUUGGUUGGACUUGAUUUCAGAGGCUUGCUGCCUCCACUUUUUGAGGGUGCAGUUAUCAACUUAUUUUCAAAGAAUAUGAGAACUGCUGUUGAGAAUUUCCAGAUUGUCUUAGAUUCACAUCGUUGGGUUCCUUUGCCAUCUGUUGGUUUUGCCACUAAUGGAGCAAUGGAUGAAGGCAAGGAUGAUGUAUCACCACCUUCAGUCCUGAUGGAGCAUCCACCUGUUGCUGUGUUUGUUAAUGGUGUUUCAGCUGCUAUGAAUGAAUUACGACCAUGUGCUCCGGUGAGCUUGAAGUACAAUCUGGCUCAGGAGGUUGUGAAGGGCCUACAAGCUGUUUCCGACUCCUUGGUGAGAUACAAUGCCAUGCGAGUCCUCCGAAGAAAUGAGUCUACCCUCUUUCUGUCACUGUGUCAAGCUUUCAUCGAGGUAGCUUACCCGUAUUGUGCAACUUGCUUUGGCCGAUGCUAUCCAAAUGGAGCAACCUUGAUCAUGGAACACAGAGGCAUGUUGGAUGGUGUCAGCCAGUUAUUAGCAGCGGUCCCACCGAUGAAAGGAUCAAGAAAUUCUUUGGACAGCAAGGAAGAGAAGCAUCCAACAGAUGGCGGUGGUGCUACAAUGGCCGAGAAUGGGGCUUCGGUUAAUGAUGAAGAACCAGGGAGUGAUAAUCGUACUGAUGAUAAAAGCAGCACUGGCAUAGUGCCAACAGAUAUGGAUAUGGAUGACAAAUAAAGUCCGACAAAUGCUCCAUCAGCAUGGUUGUCGUGAUUAAAUGGCAUUUUGCCCAAGUUUUACUUGGCAGCAGCUACCAUUAUAUUGUAUCAGUACAAGUUGUCUACACAUGGUGGUUGACGAGGGUGAGUUUUAACUUUGUGUUUUGAGGCUAUAUCGACACCAAGUACGACUGCCAUUCUUCCGUGUAGUGCUCGCGUACUCUGGAGGAGGAGAAUAAAGAUCAUUUGCGGGUGUGUUUCUGUCGA